UGUUGAGGGAUGGUAGUAGAUUGAGUCAUCAGGCAUCUGACCGACCGCCCUGUCCUGUCCUGUGCCGUUCCGCUAUAUGCGGGCUAGGCAAACAAACGCGGACGCGGAUGCGGCAGAGGCUCCUGUCCUGCUGCGGAACCAACAGACAGCGGCAACGGGCAACAUGCAUCACGGGCUGCAGAAGGCCGUUUGCUGCGUUUGCACAUCAGACCGCUGUUUCCUGAGACCGAAGUUCCUGUACCACAGUAGUCCCACUUUCUCAUAUUCACCGCCGUUUGGAGUGUCUGCCCAAUUUGGUCGAUAUGAGAAAAUGCCGCGGGUAUGUGCAUGCAGACUGAGGUGGUGGAAUUAGGCAGCCAUCGUGAGGGACGGAGAUGAGGAGGGGUAGAGGAUAUAUAUGAGGGCUUUGAGCUGUCUCGUUUCCUUUCUGUUCUGUUCUGUUCUGUGUACUUGUUUCUAUUCGACCUGCUGUUCUUUUCUUUUCUUUUUGAUUUUUUGGAGCGCAGUAUAUGUGGUGGGCCGAUUGA